CAUCAUCGGUUUCAGUUUCAUUUUCAGUUUUGUCAGAGUAACACAAGGCGUUAGACGUAUCGUAUUGUAUCGUAAAGUGUUCGCUGGCGUUGAUGUCGAGAGAGACCCAAAUACGUAGCGUUGACAAUUUGGAAAACGGUAAUUUUUGAUUAAAUGAAGGUGACAAAUAUGUGUGAGCUUAGGUGACCGACAAAUACACCUAAGAAGAAGAAGAAAAAGCUAAAGAAAAAAAGAAAAUUAAAAUAGUAAAGUUAACAAGUGAUACACAUCGACCUACACAUAGCUAAGUGUCUAGGUGCCAGCAGCUAAGCUCAUAUGGUGUAUUGUGUGUAUGUGUGUCGAUAACAGUGUAAAUUGUGCGUUAGCCCCAGUGUGACAAAAAGUUGGGUGUGUGCGUGCGUUUGUGUUGUGUUUUUUAUUGGAUGCUUGGUGUUAAGGCUACCUUAUCCGCCUUUUUUCUGCUAUAGUCUACGAUAAUUUGCUUAACCGUGUUGUUGUUGUUUUUCACUUUUGCGAAUAAUUAAAAUUUGCGCGCGCGUUUAUUUGUGAAUUCAUGGUGGCACGUAUUUCAAAGUUGUAUCACCAACAACAGCAGAACCACCAUUGCCAUCACCAUCACCGUCGGGGCGGUUUUGUUUAAAUGCUAGACCACAGCACGUUAAACAUUUUGGCUGGAUCCACCUCAACGACCCCAUCAUAGAGAGCCAGGGGAGAAGGCAGCCAGCCAAAACCACAACAAUUGUAGUAGCACUGAUACUCUAGCAGUGCCAUAGUCAGAUCCAGCAUAAGCAACAAACACUGGAGCUCGAAUAUAAUCAGCAACGUUUUGCCUUAACAACAACAAAAAACAAAAAGGCGGAAAACAUUAGCGGAGACGAAGAAUUGCCAUCAUUCGUUUGUGAAGCCAAGGGAAAUAAACAUUUAAUGAUGCACACAAAUAUUUUCAUAUUAAUUUGGCGUCGUAAAAUAUCGCUGCUUUUACUUUUGUCCUCGCUUGUACUCUUUGGCCUGUGGACUUGGGCUUAUUUGGAUACAAAUCAUAAUUUCCCACAAGGCUAUGGUGUAAAUAAUAUCCCCGAUGCCGAUAGCAUAGACAAGGAUUCCUACAAACACAUUUAUGUCCUGCAAAAACUCAUCUCCCAAGCAAAUCGUGUCUUACGCUUCCAACAGGAAUCUGAUAAGCUAAACACCAAGGCAAAAAAGGAUCUGCGUUCGCAGACACAUCCCAACAGUUUAGCAAACUCUGGUUUGGGUAGAUUUCUCAAGCCCACCAAAAAUCCCAAUUCGGUGAUAAUAGAAGAAGCCUCGGCUCAAACACUUUCCUUGGUGGCAAGACGCAAAAAAGGUCCCAUAGUUGGUGAAAGUUAUCUCUUCGAGGAGGAACGUUUGAAAAUCUUGGAAAAUCAACAGCGCGUCAAAAACUCCGUCAUGGAUGAGAUACAAAAUCAAAUGGAAAACGAAGCUCAGAUGUUGUCAUCGGCCGAGCGUCAGACGCAGUAUGAGCAUGAGCUGCAGCGCAUGGGUAUACCAGUGGUGGCUGGUAUAGGGCCAGACGGUCCUAAACCGCCCAAGGAACGCUUGGUGCAUUUGGAUCUGAAGGGGGCACCACCCAAGUUAUCCUUUUUGAAGCAGCUCUUGCCGGUAAUGAAAACUUUGGGUGCUACGGGCUUGUUAAUUGAAUAUGAGGACAUGUUCCCAUUUGAGGGUAACAUUUCAACGCUUGCGGCCAAAAAUGCUUACAAUAGGGAAGAAUUGAAAGAUUUCCUACAAACCUGCGCCCACUUUGGCUUCAAAGUAAUGCCCUUAGUGCAAACCUUUGGCCACAUGGAAUACGCUUUGAAAUUACAAGAGUUCGCCUCAAUGCGCGAGCUACCCGAUAGCCCACAAUCGAUUUGUCCUAGUCAAAAACCUUCUCUGUUCUUCAUCGAAGCCAUGCUCACCCAAGUGAUUGAAUUCCAUCUGGAAGUGGAGUCACUAAAGAUGACCCACAUACACAUAGGAUGUGAUGAGGUGGCCCGCAUGGGAGAAUGUGUUCAGUGCAGACAAAAAUCCAGGGGAGAAUUAUUCAUGAAUCAUGUCAUCAAUGUGGCCCACUUUGUCCGGAACAAAUGGAGCCAGCUGAAAGUGAUCAUCUGGGAUGAUAUGUUGCGUGGCAUGACACUGAGUGAGAUGCAGCACUCACAGAUCGGCCAAUACGUGGAGCCCAUGAUUUGGGUAUAUGUCAAUGACAUCUAUCGCUUUAUACCGCCUAUGCUGUGGGAGCGUUAUACUAGGGUCUUUCCCACAGCCUGGGCUGCUUCAGCCUUUAAGGGGGCUUUUGGUGAGAGUCUCAUGAUACCGCCCAUUCAAAAUCAUUUGGAGAAUAAUAUACGCUGGCUAGCUGUUAUUGCCAAAGAGGGAGCAAGAUUUUCCAAAGGCUUUCAGGGACUUGUUUUGACCGGUUGGCAGCGUUACGAUCAUUUUGCGGUGCUAUGUGAACUCUUGCCCACUGGCAUACCCAGUUUAAUGGUCUCCUUGUCUACGGUCUCCAAGGGCUACUUCGAUACAAAUCCCAAGGAAAAUGAUUUGCUCAAAGUUUUGCAAUGUGUCUAUCAAUUGGAUAAGCGGCGCUCCGGUCAUCCCUGGCUAGAUCUGCAACCGAACUCUCAUCACAAUCAACUAUUCUCCACAUGUGUCUAUGUGGGCCAUCAGUUCUACAAAUACUCCCUGAGACUCUAUGAACUACUAAGCGAAGUACAAAUGUAUUUGAAUCAAGUGCAGGAUCGCAGUGCUUGGAUGUCCGAUUAUAAUGUGCGGCAUAAUUUCAGUUCACCCAUAAGGGUGCAUGAGUUAACGCAAAAGACCCCAUUGUAUAUAAGUGAGCUGCAGGGUAUGUCACGACAGGCUCAGGAGUUAAUGUAUGAAAUAUUUGAUAAGUACACCAUUGCCGAAUUUAUCGAACAGUCCAUAUAUCCCACAAUUGGCUCUUUGCAACGCCAUUUGGCUAAUGCUCAAUUGUUAUUGCAACCCAAUCACUGGCCUCAACGUCCCUUGCCCAUUGCACAAGCUUUGCAUGAUUUGCAUCUCAUAACAGAGGACCAUCAUGUUGGCAGCAGUCAACAACAGCAGCAGAUCGCUCAAUCACACCAGCAUCAACAUCAACAUCAUAUGCAACAUUGAAGUACAUACCAAGUAGAGUAUUUCUUUAUUUCAUUGUAUGUCUUCCGAAGAAGUCGAAAACGUUAACAUUAUACAACAACAUCUAAUCACACCAACAUACAUACAUACCCUUUUAAAAAACACCCUAUAUCGUAUAAUUUUUAAAGUAAAAACAAA